GCGGCCGCAGCCAGCAAUGGGCCUCUGCCCCUUGAGGGUUAUCGCGUGCUAGACAUGUCCAGAGUGCUGGCUGGUCCGUACUGCACACAGAUUCUGGGUGAUCUUGGCGCUGAAGUCAUAAAAAUCGAGCACCCAACGCGGGGAGAUGACACUCGGGCAUGGGGUCCCCCGUACGCAAAGUACAAACCGGAUUCUGGAAGACAAGGCCCGGGCGAAUCCGCGUAUUUUUUGGGGGCCAAUCGCAACAAGAAGUCUCUAGGACUAUCGUUCCAACACCCAGAUGGAGUGGAUAUCCUGCAUAAGCUGGCGGCGAAAUGCGACAUCCUGGUCGAAAACUAUCUCCCAGGCACAUUGAAGAAGUAUUCGAUGGACUAUGAGAGCCUGCGAAAGAUCAACCCCGGACUCAUCUAUGCUUCUAUUACGGGCUACGGCCAGACCGGCCCUUACUCUAACCGCGCUGGCUACGAUGUCAUGGUCGAGGCCGAGUUUGGCCUCAUGCACAUCACAGGCUCGCGAGAUGGCCCGCCCGUCAAGGUCGGUGUAGCCGUUACCGACCUGACGACUGGCCUGUACACUAGCAAUAGUAUCAUGGCGGCACUUUUGUCGAGAGCUAGGACUGGAAAGGGCCAACACAUUGACGUGGCGCUGAGUGAUUGCCAAACAGCUACAUUGGCCAACAUUGCAAGCAGCAGCCUGAUAAGCGGGAAGAAGGACAGCGGUCGCUGGGGAACCGCUCAUCCAUCCAUCGUCCCGUACAGAGCGUUCAAGACAAAGGACGGCGAUAUUCUUAUUGGCGGUGGCAAUGACCGCUUGUUUGGCAUUCUCUGCGACGGUCUUGACAAGCCGCAGUGGAAGGACGACGCCAAGUUCAAGACAAACGCUGACCGAGUGGCGCACCGUAAUGAACUAGAGGCCGAAAUCGAGGCCAUUACACAGCAAAGAACAACGCAGGAGUGGCUGGAGACGUUCGAGGGAUCGGGAAUGCCGUAUGCCGCCAUCAACGAUAUCCAAGGCACUCUCAAUCACAGCCACACAAAAGCCCGAGACAUGGUCAUCGAGAUUGACCACGAGUACUGUGGCCCAAUCAAGAUGGUGAACACGCCUGUCAAGUGGUCAGAAACUCAGCCCUUUAUGAGGAUACCGCCUCCGAUGUUGGGCCAGCACACGAAUGAGAUCCUGGGCGAGCAUCUCGGUUUGAGUGAAUCAGAUAUUGCUGCGCUCAAGGACCAGGGGGUUGUCAGUUAGAAUAUGGCUGUGACAAUUGGUUCUAUAUACCAUAUUAGACAUUUAGAUGAUGAGAAAUGAUAACAUGAUG